AUGGAUUCUAAAGUUCAUUAUCGUUUGUGGCUGGCUGGCAAAGAACAAGAUGGGAAUGCAGAUCUCAUCCCAAUUGAAGAUCCAGCAACUGGAUCCAUAUUCGCGCAAUGUCACGCAGCCUCAGCCGAAGAUGUAGAGACGGCCAUAUCCGCAGCCAACACGGCAUACAAGUCCGGCGUGUGGUCGCGUGCAAGUCGGCAUCAUCGAGCAGACGUCCUUGACAAAUGCGCCGUACACCUUGCCGAAGCCCUCCCACAGUUCAUCGCAACAGAAUCGAGGCAGACAGGCCGCGUGAUUCGCGAGAUGAACGCCCAGAUCCCCUCCUUGACAAGAUGGUUCAAAUACUAUGCUGCAUUACUGAGAAUAGAGGAGCGUUCUGUCCUUCCAACGAUGGGAAAGUUGCACAACUUCGUCGAUCGAGUACCUCUCGGAGUGGUGGUACAAAUCACUCCGUUCAAUCACCCACUUUUGAUCGCCGUGAAGAAACUCGCCCCUGCGCUUGCUGCCGGAAACAGUGUCAUCAUCAAGCCCAGCGAGCUGACCCCGUUGACAACCCUGAUGUUGGGUGAUAUUCUUCGUCGGGCGGGUAUCCCCGAUGGUGUUCUAAGCGUCCUACCUGGUUACGGAGCCAUCACCGGUAAAGCACUCGUCGAGCAUCCGCUAGUGAGAAAGGUAGACGUGACAGGAGGUACCGAGGCUGGCAGAGCAAUUGGAAAGAUUGUCGGUGGGAAUUUGGCGAAAUAUACGGCGGAACUCGGAGGAAAGGCACCGCUGAUCGUGUUCGAGAAGGUCAAUAUCGAUAUGGCAGUCAACGGAAUUGUCUUUGGUAGUUUCAUCGCCAGUGGACAGACUUGCGUGGCUAGUACCAGGAUUAUAGUGCAGAACUCCAUAAAGGACGAGCUAUUGCCCAAGCUGCAGGCCAAGAUCGAGAGCAUUACGCGACGAAUCGGCGCUCCAAGCAACCCGGAAUCAACCAUGGGUCCACUGAUCUCCGAAAAGCAGUUGCAAAAUGUCGAACGUCUGGUAAACAGCGCAAUAGAAGGAGGAAAUGCUGUCGCUCUUGUCGGUGCAAAGCGGAUGAGUUAUCAGAGCCCACUCGAUGGAUUCAACCUCGGUGGGGGAUACUUCUACGAACCAACUUUACUUGUAUCUCCAGAUAAAGAAAGCAACAGUAUUGUCAAGACAUCUAUCUGGCGUGAAGAGGCAUUCGGCCCUGUCAUUGUCGUUGCCGGUUUCGACACCGAGGAAGAAGCAAUUGCGCUGGCAAAUGACACCGAGUUCGGACUUGGAGCUGGUGUAUGGACGCUGGACCUGCCACAGGCUUUCCGGGUGUGCGAACGAAUCGAGGCUGGAAUCACUUGGGUGAAUACUCAUCAUCGCAAUGAUCCUAGCAGCCCCUGGGGAGGGGCAAAGUCUGCCAGUGGAGUUGGGAGCGAGAACGGAAUCGAGGCCUACCAUGCUUACACAACAUCAAAAAGCACGAUCAUUAACUUUGCUACUCCUGAUGAGUCUCUGGCAGCCGAUGACUGGUUUGGAGAUGGCUCCGGAAACGUUAGAUACGGUUGA